AUGAGCGAUCCGAAGAGCGACGAUGGCGCGGCGGCGGCCGGCGACCAAACCAGAACGAGCGGCCCCUCCGGCGGGAGGCCCUCGUCUGGCAGAUCUGGCAGGACUAGCAGACCGAGCUCAAGCAAGCGCAAGAGCAAGAAGGGCCCGCCCAUCAACCCGGACGCCUGCCCGGAACCGAGGGCGGCCAUUUGCGACGACCCAGAAGCCCGCCCGCCCAGACCGCCCCCGCCCAGAAAGUCUUCCGCCUUCAUCGAGUUCAUCCGGCGAAUCACCGGCAGACGGCGAAAGAUUCAUAAGAUUUGCGAUUGCAAAUCGAAGACUCGCAUCGGGGACACGCUCACGGAGCUGUACGACGAAGACGACGAAAUCUACGAGAUGGCAUCGCUGCACAUGCAGGAGCUUCUCAGGAAGAAACGAGACGGCGGAGAGUUGACGGAAGAUGACCUCUAUUGGUUUGCUGAAAAUGUGGCGAAGGACCGCAUUGAAGAAUGUCAGAUCGGUGCUAUGUUAAUGGCCAUGUGUAUUGUCGGCCUUUCUCAGAAAGAGACGAGGGACUUGACUCAAGGAAUAAUCAACUCAGGGGAGGUGCUGACGUGGGACGAGUCGUGGGGCGGCGCCGUGGACAAGCACAGCACGGGCGGCGUGGGCGACAAGGUGUCGCUGGUGCUGGCGCCCGCGCUCGCCUCCUUCGGCCUCAAGGUGCCCAUGCUGUCUGGACGCGGCCUGGGCCACACCGGCGGCACGCUCGACAAGCUGGAGAGCAUCCCGGGGUUCAGAGUGGAAUGCUCCUUGGACACCCUGAAGAACGCACUGGAGGUGGCUGGUUGCUUCAUCGCAGGAGCGUCAGAAAACAUCGCACCGGCUGACAGGAUUCUGUACGGCAUCAGGGAUGUUACGGCCACAACCGAUAACAUUCCCUUGGUUGUGUCAUCCAUUGUAUCAAAAAAAGUUGCAAGCGGUGCCAAACAUCUUGUUAUGGAUAUCAAGGUUGGACAUGCUGCCUUCUUCAAGACCAUAGAAGAUGCAAGGACCCUUGCUAACGAAAUUAUUAGAGUGAGUCGAGAAUUUGGUGUGACGACAAGAGCAAUUAUAUCCAAGAUGGAGAACCCGGUGGGAAAAGGCAUCGGGAACUCUCUGGAGGUGGAAGACGCCGUUGAGUGCAUGAGAGGGAAUGGAACCCACGAUUUAGUCGAACUUGUGGCCAUUGCAGGUGGUCUGAUUCUUCAAGAAAAAAAUCUCGUUAAUAGCUUGGAUGAAGGCAAAGCUUCUAUUAUCAAGAGUCUCAACGAUGGCAAAGCCCUAAAGUGUUUUCAAGACAUGAUAACGUGCCAAGGUGUAGAUCCAGAAUUAGCUGAAACUCUGUGCAAAGGAUACACAUCAAAAGUCUUGCGCCACGUCCCCCAGAGCCAAAUCACGCCGAUGAGAGUGGCGUCGAAAGGGACGAUCACGAAGAUCGAUGCUUUGGAACUUGGGACUGCCGUGUGGAGACUAGGAGCAGGACGUGUUAAUCCAGACCAAGUUAUCGAUUAUCGCGUUGGGAUAUGGUUAACGCAUGUCGUGGGAGACCAAGUUGCUGUCGGCGAUGUGUGGGCAGAAGUGCACCACAACAGUCCCGAACUCCAUCCCGACAUUCAGAAGCAAAUUGAAGAGGCUAUAACGAUUGAACCUGGAAAACUUUCUGUAGAAAAAUCUCUAAUCAUUGAAAUAAUUUAAACAAUAAAUAGAACGUUCACGAUUUAAAUAUUAUUUCUUAGUUCAAUAAUUCAACAUAUUAAACAACAUUUGUAUUUUGUCACCCGAUUCAUAUCAUUUCUCUCACAAUUAUUGAGACUCGAAAUUAUUUUAUUCACAUAAAUUGAUAAGCAUCUUGAUACAAAUGCUUGUACAUAUUCAAAGGAAUCAGUGAAACAAAAGUGGAACCAAUACCACUUUAUCAAAUAUUUUACAAUGACAUGCACAUACGGCUAGACAAAAAUCAUGUACAACAUUCUAUUUAGAAAUAUGUAUUUAUUUUCAAUAUUUGUAUAUAAAACAAAUAAUGAAAGUAUUAAAAUUCUUAUUAAUUGAUAUAAGUAUUCGAAAGUAAUGAACAUCUUUUUAAUGCUCUGAAAAACGUUCUUUUUAGAUAAGUAAAAUGUAUAAUAACAUCAGGUAAAGUACGUGAAAUAGCCAUACACUUAUUACACUAACACUGUAUCUCUGGUACUGAAUGCUGAAAGGAGUUUUUUUUAAUACAACAUUCAUUUACUUUUUAACCUUCUUUCAAAUAUAAAUUAUGAAACUACAUAUUGUUUAUCAGAAAAAGGACUUAAAGUUUGUUGUUGUUGCCAAGCGAUGUAUGGGAAAGUGAUUUAAGAUAUAAUUGGAAAUGAAACAUUAAAUUCCUCAUUCUCUAAUUUUACCAAGAAAAUACUCAAUCUUGAAAACUUCUUGAAAAGGGUCCUACUGGCGAAAUAUUGUUUAAAGUAAUGGGAUUAUUUCAAAAUUUUUAAUCUGGAAUUUUCUUGAACAUUGAAAAUUUAAAGUUGAUGAGAAAACUAGAAGUAUUCAAAGACCUCUCGUUUUGCAUCACUCAAAAUUCACCACUUUCUUAUUACUCAUAUACAUUCUCCAAAAACAUAGAAUUACAGGAAAACAUUAACAUGGCAGUGAAAUACAACAGCUGAUUGGGAAAUUUUCUAUUAUAAUGGUCGCUACAAGAUACAAAUAUCAUGGAAAAUUGAAUAGUAAAUGACAUAUUUAGUGAAACUGCAUUGUAAUUGUUCUAUUUUCAAAUUUUCAUUGAAUGUAAGUAAAUUUUGAACAAAGACUUCAUAUUCAGCAUGUUUAAUAUUAAAUAUACGGAACAUCAGUAUGAAAUUAAACAUUCUUUGAUAAUGUUAAAGUAAUUAAAUUAUUAGUGAACAACUUUCAUUAUUUCAGAAAUAUAAUCAAUAGCAAAUACAAUCGUUCACUCACUCUGCUUAAGUUCUUCAUACUUCCGCUAUCAAAUAACCCUGUACAAUCGAGCAAAAAUCAUUGCAUUGAACUAUAAACGUUUACUAGAUUAAAUUACAGAAUUUAUAACAGGCAAACCUACUCACACCGUGUUUUGUACAUUAUAAAAUGCAAAUGCAUUUGCAGAGGUUUGGUCCAGAUCCCAAAAGCAUCAUGUACUCUCUAGCUGAUGGGCAAAUUGUGCAUUUUUAUAUACCACUUCUAAACUACUGUUAAUUUUGGUGUUUAGUUAUUGUGCACCAGUACAUUCUCAUUAAGAAUGAAACGACAAAACUUUAUAGGAUUAAUGGGGGAUAUUUACAUUGAACUAGUUCAUUGAUAUCACAGGAAAAUCUGUAAUUUAUAUAAAAGUAUUAUUCAAUAUUUUAAGUGGAUUUUGAAAUAAUAAAGGAAAAUUAGAAAUACAUUUUAGUUCGGAAGGGUUUCCCAAAUUUAUUUUUACAUUUUGAUAAUCAAAAAUCAAGAACGUUCCAUCAACUUGUGAGAUGUAGCCUUUAAAGAAUUGUGUCAAUGACACUUUCAAUUAUGUGAAUCAAAGUGAAUGCAGUUAAUUCAUUCAAUUAAUUUCAAUGAUUUCCCAAACAUGCAUUUUUUUAUUCAAUUUGUAUGCUAAAACCCUUCAGUAAUACAAAAUAAGUAUACAUUAUCAUAAUGAGAAUAUUACAUACUUACUUAUUGUAAUACUGAUAAUCUUUUAUACAACCAUUUUCUCUAUGUUAUGCAUACAUUUAUUUUGUAGAUAUUGCCAUAGAAAAAUGAAAAUCUCUUUGUUUAUAAACUAUGGUUUCACAGCUCAAUCUCACAUCUGUUAUUAAUCACAUUCAGUGCAGUCAUAUUUAGGAUAAAAUAUUUUUGGUCUGACACUGUUCUUAAUUUUUGUCACAAGUGACAUUUGAUUUAUCUUAACAUAAAACGUUUUCAUGCAGUAGUAAGAGAGAAACAAGAAAGAAACGGACAAUUGCGUGUAAGACGCAUACCACAUUACGCGGACCAAUAUGAUACCUUGUCAGAAACCUGGUCUUAAUGGUGCUUUCAAACUCGACUUAGUGCUUUUAUAAAAAAGGACAGCUCCAAAAAAAUGGUACGUCAAAAAUACGAUAACGUGAUUUUUUAUCGUAAUUAAUUGAUGGUCAGAAAGGAGAAAGUCAAAUCGUCAUUAUUUAAUUUUAUCAAACAAAUAAUUUCGACUUGAAUGGUUCCUUGAAAUCACUCGAUUUAAUAGCGAUUGCAUGGAGUUGAAAAAGAAGUUUGAAAAAUCAGUGAUUGAAAAAAGAAACGCUGAAAACAGGAUUGUCGAAAAGUUAGAACGCCCGACAAUACUAUAGACUGUAAACAUACACUGGUUUUGGAAUAAAGAAAUUCGGUAUUUUUUCCGUUCCAUUAACAUGUUUCAAUCUGAAGAUGUUAUUCAAUACCUAACCCAACACACUUUCUUUGCCAGUGCCCAUUGAGUAAGCACAGCACACAUUUACGAAAUACUUCCACCAAGCCUUAUUAACAAGUCUUUUCGUUAUAAUAAUAAGAAUAAUACGAAGUAUACUACUAACAACAACAAUAACAAAUCGAGCAGCAUAAAUUGCUUUAAUCAAACCAUCACCAGCAAAUUACAUUUCUUUAAUGACAUGCGAUUUUUUAGAGUUCAAAAUAAUUAUAUAUUUGUAGCAUUGCUUUUUGAGGGUCUAGACGCGUUUCACGCCAGUGAGGAUGCUGGAAGUGCUAUUUUGACUUCGUAAAAAUUCUGUAUUAUGGUUAAUGCUGUCAUAUAAAUCAUAUAAAACUAAUUGAAAAUAGUAGUAUUUUUGGUUGCGAAGGUGAACGUAUUUAUAGUUUUAGCUUGUUCAGUUACAUUACGUAAUACAAGAUGAGUUUACACAGUUGACCUCCCGAGUCUAUUAGCGGCGCUUCAUGUUUCAGAACAGUGAUUGUCUUGCGUGUGGUAUACCAAUGAAAUGCUCGUACAGCCGCGGCGAUAUUCGAAAAUUUCGCGAUGCCCUAUCCGCGGACCCUUGCCUUUCAGGACUAAACGGUAAUAGCCGUUAUUAACGUCAUUAGACCGAAAUAAAGUAAAUAACGAACGCUGUUGAAGUUUAAAAAGAAGCGAUAACCAAUGUAACAACCAAGUUCGUUAUUUUUUAUAUCGGUCGUGUGUUGAUCGAAACUUUUCGUAAUACCAUAUUCUCAGGAAAAAAAAUGGUAUAAAUAAAAAAUAUAUUUUUUGCUUAUCGGGCACAACGCAUUUGUUUCGAUUGUUCUUAACGUCUGCAAACUGUUAAUAUUCUUAGCGAACACUGGCAGUUAAGAGUGACUUUUCAAUUCUUCCCUCAGGUCGAUAUUAAUACAGUAUUACGAAAAAGAGUUGUAUUGGAAAUAUUUAGUGCCACAUGAUGGUGUUUUUGGCCUGAAAUGUCUCAUCCUGAAUAGCUCUCAUUAUCGUUGUACUGUAAACGCAACACCAUUAUGACCAUCGGCGUCACUUUUUUCAGGAGGAAGUUCGAAAGAACAUAGAAAAUCCCAUUUCUCUAAUUUGAAAUUUUCAUAAAUGAAAGAGUAAGCUUAGUGUCUAAGGUGUCGGAUAAGUCAACUCUUGGAAAGAGAAAGUAAAAUUUAGUGCCAUAAUUCAGUGACACUUUCAUUUGGAGUUCAAGAAUAGUUCAGACAUAUCCUACAGUACAAACAAAUGAAAGACGAGGAUCCCCGAACUAUUUAGUCUCUUCCAUGAACCGUCCCGACUAAAAUAACUUGUAAUUAUCAAAGUACCUCUUCAAAAACUAAAGCAUUAAUGCUAAUGAGAUUACCUAACCUUUAUUAAAUUAAUUAAAAUUUCAUUUCGAAAAAAAACUUAAUGAAAAACGCAAUGUAUUGGUAUAACUGAUCCCAAGACAUAAACCAAAGAUUCAAAUAAAAUAUGAAUACAUUUGAAAACAAACGAUUAGACGCUGAACACGUCUUGCAACUAUGGAAACAAAACAAGUUAAACUCUACGACGGUUUAUUAGUUUUAGGACAAACAUGCCGGUUCAGUUGGCGAUAGUCGCAAUUUUUCAAACAACAUGAAGGAGUCAUUCCUUCAUGAAUCAUUAGAGGUCAAUUCGAGUCGCCGACGCUUACGUGAACUGCUGUUAUGAUUGUGGCGAGCACGCAAUUUACGUUUUCUUAUUAUCUGCAGCUCCUACAUAAUUUCUGUUGCUAGCACUCUCACCAGCACGAUUCCACUGCGGAGAGACUUUCGUGGCGCACCGUAG